AUGGACAGUCCUCGUUUGCACAUGUGCAAAGGCGCACACCUUCACAUGUAUGUCAUUGCCACCGAAACACUUCGCCGUGUUGCCACGGCACGUCGCGUCCUCGCACGCAACGGAUCCAGGAGAGCAUUGCUGUUCCUCCACCAUUUUGCCAGCGGCUGCAGUGGCCGGUUGAUGCGUCCUGUUCUGGAUGCGCUCAUACACAUCACGGUGCACAUCACGCACGUGUCGUCGUACGCCAGCACGUCCCCACAACCACGCCGCACCACCGCCACGCCGUGUUCACGCAGUAGCCCUCCCGUCCCAGGCGUGCCGCCGCAGGUCGUCUCGUUGCACGGUGGGGCUCUGCCCUGGUCCAACGUGCACGUUGCCGUGUGGAGCAGCUGCAACGUGUGCGAGGAUGCCACCAAUGCAACCGUCAGCACCAAGGUGCGUGUUGGCCAACAGCCACCACAUGCUGCUCUGUUCCAGCGUGUGCGUGCAGCAUAG